AUGGGCUCACUGCUGCCAAUGCCAAACGAACCACAUAAAUUUUUACAAAUCUACUUCAUGGGCGACGAGGAUUCCGAAAGUGCACUUGCCAAUCGCGUGAAUGCACGUUGUGAUUAUAAUAACCUUAAUUUAUUUUAUGCCAGACGCAUCGUCAGCGAGCUGGAUGCUCUAUUGAAUGAGUACAACGAAUUGUUGAAAAUAUUCAAAUCACACAUGCACAAAUUACAAAGCGAUAAUCACGCUAUCGUCAUAAAUCCUUAUAAAACACCAGCUGGAGAGCAUAUUCGUAGAUUUAAUGCACCCGUUGUUGAUGAUGUUGCUGGAAUCAUGGUUGGCGAUCAUACAGGUGCACGAGAAAUUGUGAUUCGUAGAAGAAAUAAUAAUCUUCAGUUCAUUGCUGAUACACAUCGUUC